AAUCUCAAUCGUUAAUUAAACCGCCCGCGCAAAUCUGGACACAGAAAACUAAAUUGAAAUACUCUAUUGUAUUUUGUUCUCCUUUAUCUGGAAGUGUCUGAUAAAUACCAUUUGGGUCAAGAAUAUUUAGACAGUUGUUUUUUCCUUUUUAAUUAAAAGCACUUGAGAGUCCAUUGGAAGCCGGCAGCCAUUUUGGUUUAAACAGUUAUUUUUCUAUGUGUUUUUGUAUGUGGCGAACGCAAAAGUACAUUGCGCGACAAAAUUGAGUAAUUGGUUUUGUUUAUUAAACUUGGGCUUAAUGGAUGCAUUAAUUUUGGUAAUUGAUUAUUUAUUACAGUGUAGCAUACACGUAUAAUUUAUUCUGCUGUGUGGUAAGGACUGGUAAGUGUAGCUAAGUCUUGUUGGCUUGUGUAACAGCCAGGGGCUAAGAGUAGAUAACCUGUAACGCUUGAGCGCCUGAACUUGCAGCUGAUGAUAAGGAGACUUUCCAGUCCCAACAUCAACACUGCUCACGGCUGUGUCUCCCUGCUGUGCGUACUAGUCGAGUACGCAGUUCAAGCUGUGUACUCGAAUGCUCUUCAAUUACUACAGUUAACAAUUAUCGCUUGUCAGCCAAGUUUGUUUCUUUGCUCAAGCAGUUUGGCAAACAACAGUUAUCUACAGAUAGACAGCUAUAAAACCGUUACUGCGGGGUGGACAGCACGCAUUGCCUGCAUUACUCUAGUUAAAGUAUGUUUGGCAUGAGGAACGUUCCAUUGCUGCUGCUGCUGUUGAUGCAGUUGCUCCGCGCUGGCUCUGCAUUGGAUAAUGGACUGGCUUUAACGCCACCCAUGGGUUGGAUGUCUUGGCAGCGCUUUCGAUGCAUCACCGAUUGUGAUACGUAUCCAGAUGAGUGCAUAAGCGAGCAAUUGUUCAGACGCAGUGCCGAUCUACUUGUGUCGGAAGGCUAUGCUGAUGUGGGCUAUGAAUAUGUUAUCAUAGACGAUUGCUGGCUGGAGUGGAAUCGGGAUAACAUGACAAACAAGCUUGUACCAGAUCGGAAACGUUUUCCCAGAGGCCUCAACGUUCUGGCUGAUCAUAUACACAAUAAAGGACUCAAGUUUGGACUGUAUCAGGACUUUGGCACAAAGACCUGUGCUGGGUACCCAGGUGUGAUCGACCACAUGGCACUCGAUGCCGAAACCUUUGCUAAGUGGGAUGUGGACUAUGUGAAGCUGGAUGGCUGCAAUGCGAAUGUUAGCGACAUGGCAGCAGGCUAUCCAGAAUUCGGACGACUGCUGAAUGAAACAGGCAGACCCAUGGUCUAUUCGUGCAGCUGGCCUGCCUAUCAAUCGGAAUUUGGUGAACAGCCUCACUUUGAGUCGUUGAAGCGCCAUUGCAAUCUCUGGCGAAACUGGGAUGACAUCGACGAUUCAUUUGAGUCAGUUAUGGAAAUCGUUGACUACUUUGCCAAAAAUCAGGAUAGCAUGCAGCCACACGCCGGCCCAGGGCAUUGGAACGAUCCAGAUAUGUUGAUUUUAGGCAACUAUGGCCUUAGCUAUGAUCAGAGCAAAGUGCAAAUGGCCAUUUGGGCUGUGCUGGCGGCGCCUUUAAUAAUGUCCAAUGACUUGGCCAAGGUGCGACCAGAAAUUAAGGAGAUAUUACAGAAUCGUGAUGUGAUUGCUGUCAAUCAGGAUCCUUUGGGCAUACAGGGUAAACGAUUGCUUAUGAAGCAAAAUAUUGAGGUCUGGCGUCGACCAAUCGAACCUAAAAUCAAUGGAGAAUACUCUUAUGCUAUAGCAUUUGUUAGUCGCCGCGUGGACGGAUCUCCUUUUCCCAUAUCAUUUACGUUUAAGGAGCUCUCGCUAUUCAAUGAUAAUAUUGGCUACAUCGUGCAGGAUUUGUUUGAUAAGAAUAACAAUUUGGGCGUCUUUCGUAACGAGAGUCAAUUCAAAACACGCGUUAUUCCUAACGGCGUCAACUUCUACAAAUUUACGGCGCUUUGAGGAGCUAUGCAGGGUCUAACCUGCAGAUCAGGAUCAGCUAUAUCCACAUAUCCUUCCGAAACAAAUAUAAUUCCUUUACAAUUCAAUUUUAAAGAUGAGUAAAAACAAAUGUAUUGUAUUGAAUUUGUUGUUUAUUUGCACUUUACAAAUUCUUCAGAAUAUGCUUUUGUCUAUGCAUAAAAUUUGUAUAAAUACGAUUUGAAAUGUAUUUAAUUUCUUUAGUGUA